AACAGGUAGCUGAUUACAUACCUGGCUGAUUACCUCAUAGUACUUUCGUAUCUUAUCGUAUCGUAUGAUUGGAAAUUAAAACCUCCCCAUUUGCGGUUUUGAACUCUGCUCGCUACAUAGUACGAGGGGAAUAAUCCUCACAGAACCCCCCCCUCCCCCACGAAAAUGUCGCUUCUUCUCCCGGGGAUACGCAGGGCGACGACGAAGCUGACGCUUAGUCAGUUCGUCUGCCGCCAAUGCCUCCGUCAACAGCCCCGCGCGGCAGCAGCAGCAGCUUCUUCGUCGCGCAUCUUUCGAGCGCUACAGGUCCGCCAGGCCAGCACCGAGUCCAGAGCUCGUUUCGCUCGCUAUUUCACGUCUGCGGCUAUCCCGGCCGAAGCCCCGCAAGCUGCGAAGUGGGCGUUCCCCGAGACGAGCUCCAAGGGCGUGGCAUACUGGCUGAUCGGCAGCGCCGCGAGCGUCUUCGGCAUCGUGGUUUUUGGUGGACUUACGCGGUUAACGGAAUCUGGACUUAGCAUCACGGAAUGGAAGCCCGUAACGGGAUCUCGACCACCCCUCACCCAGGCCGACUGGGAGGCCGAGUUCGAGAAGUACCGGGCCUCGCCUGAGUUCCACCUGCUCAACUCGCACAUGGACCUCCACGAAUUCAAGAAGAUCUACUACAUGGAGUGGACGCACCGGCUAUGGGGCCGCAUCAUCGGAUUGACCUUCGCGGUGCCCACCAUCUACCUGGUUGCGCGCCGCCGCGUGUCCGCCCGCGUCGCCGCCCACCUCGUCGGCAUAUCCGCGCUCAUUGGCUUCCAGGGCUUCAUCGGGUGGUGGAUGGUCAAAUCCGGGCUCAAGGACGACUUGUUCGCGCCGGGAUCGCACCCCCGCGUCUCGCAGUACCGGCUCGCCGCCCACCUGGCCACCGCUUUCGUAUGCUACUCUUGGAUGCUUCUCACGGGCCUGAGCAUCCUGCGCACCCGCCGUCUCCUCGCCGACCCCGCCUCCGCCAGCAAGCUUAUCUCCGCCCUGAAGAACCCCGCCAUCGCCCCCUUCCGCCGCUACGUGUCAGCCCUCACCGUGCUAGUCUUCACGACCGUACUCUCGGGUGCUCUGGUCGCCGGCCUCGACGCCGGCCUCAUCUACAACGAGUUCCCUAUGAUGGGUUUGGGCCUGACCCCGCCGAAAUCCGAGCUGUGGGAUAAGUUCUACUCGCGCAAGGAGGACCACUCCGACCUGUGGUGGCGCAACAUCCUCGAGAACCCGAGCUUGGUACAGCUGGACCACCGGAUCCUCGCCACCACCACCUUCUGCGCCGUGCUCGCGCUGUUCGCGUACUCUCGCUCCGGCCGUCUUGCCACGGUGCUGCCCAAGGACGUGAAGAAGGGUGCGAUGGGCAUCGUGCACCUCGUGUGUCUACAAGUCGCUCUCGGCAUCAGCACGCUCAUCUACAUGGUUCCCAUUUCGCUCGCCGCUGCGCACCAAGCGGGUAGCCUCGCAUUAUUAACUGGGGUCCUUGUUCUCGGCCACCGCCUACGGGUGCCGAAGGCGACGAUCGCGCAAGUUCAGAAGAGAUUGGCUUCGGCCGCGCAGCCGCGAUAGCACGACCAACCAAUAUUCUGUCCCUGGCUAACGAGUGUACGAUGUUUAAAACACUGUAUGAUCACUAGACAGAUACCAUGUAUUAUACGUAGAGUCUCAACUUUUUUUUAUUCUUUCAAUUCCGUCCAAUGGUGUGCCGAACAUAGAUAGCAUUGGUCUAAAUCUGAA